GUGCGUGUGGAACAAGUGGACACAGAAAAGUUUCCGUCAUGGGAGCGCAUGGAUGGAGCUCAGCGGGUCUUGGGUUUGUCGUUUUUGGAUAUUUAGCGUUUUUCUGCGGGGUGAUUGUUCCACAGGCUGAAGCGGGCUGCAGGGAGAGGGAGAGCCCAAACUGCUGCACCGGCCGAAAUAACGAAUGUUUUGAGUACACCAAGAGAAAAACAGUGUGCUACUGUGAUACUUACUGUCAGAAAACUGGAGACUGCUGUGAGGAUUAUCAGCGUGUGUGCCAAAUAUCUGCAGCCAUUGACUGUGUGGUGGGAUCAUGGGGUCCCUGGUCAUCAUGCACAUCUCCGUGUGGGGUUGGCAGCACAGAAAGGAGUCGCCAAGUGUCUGUUCCUCCAAGAAAUGGAGGCACACCCUGUCCUGACCUCAAACAGCGCCGAGGAUGCUUUGGAAACAACGCAAUAUGCAGCACUGCAAAAGAGGUGGCAAAGAUCCUGCCUGAUUCUUUCAAGAGGAACUUCAAGGACCCUUGGAGGCGACCACACAUGCUGAUGAAGGAGGAGAAGGCCAGUUACUGUGUGUACCUGCGGGUGAAACAGGCCAGUGCAGCGUGUAAACUCAAACUGUGGAGUGCUCAGCUGGUGAGAGAAAGGCUGGUCUGUGCAGAGUGUCAGAGUGACGCCAUGUCAAAAUCAGACCGCUGUGGAGGAGACGGCCUGGAGAGCACCAGAACAUUCUGGGCAGCAGCUUCAGUCCCAGGCUGUCAUGGUUCCUGGGUGCGGGAGUCUUCUUCUGAAGGCUGCCGGUGUCCUCCGUACUCGCUGCUCUUUGUGUGAGCCGCCACACAACCACCAGAUAUCUGUAUGCAGGGACGAGAUCGUCCUCAACAACUCCUGCUAACUGCCAGCCAAGCCAGACGCUUCCGAUCCAGAUUGCUGGAUGGGUAACUCAAGGAGAUCAGCAGCAUCCUGCCACUUUUUCCUUUCACCUCAUACUCUGUACUGUAUACACUAUUACUAAGCACACAAAAAUUCUUGCAUUUAACUUCAGA